AUAUCUGAGCUCCGGAUCCCAGGCUUUAGCCCUCGCCCUCGACAACUUUUGAUGACGUCAUUAAAAAUUUACGCAGGAAGUGCCAGCUUGCAAGUCUUAAUUUGUUGGCUUUUGUUGUAAAACGCUUUAUUUUCUAAAAAUGAGACGUUCGCAUAUGGCCCAGGAUAUGGGCUACCCACCACAACCACAGGGUUAUCAGCACUCUCAGGACAUGGUUGAACACGAAAAUGAUAGAGCAGAAAAUAUGUUAUCAACAAAAGUGCGGGCACUCAAAUCUUUAACAAUAGAUAUUGGAAAUGAAGUCAGGGACCAAAAUAAAAUGCUGAAAGGAAUGGAUGAUGAUUUUGACUCCUCAGGAGGUCUUCUACAAGCCAGUAUGAAUAGACUUAAAGCUAUUACACGUAUGGGUGGUUACAAACAAAUGUGGUACUUACUUCUCUUCUGCCUAUUUGUGUUCUUUGUAUGCUGGCUGAUAAUCCGAUCUAGAUGAUACUAAAUAUAGAAUACAUGUACACAGACAGUGCGAUGUUCAGCAUUUGGGAUUGCGCAAUACAUGGAAGCCGAUACGGUGAUACUUGAUUGGGAGCAGGGACUUAACAUAGCUUUACAAGAAAGUGUUUAAUGUCUUAUUCAACUGGCUUAAUUAUGUUGAAAUUAGAUGUUUAUCUGAACGCUAAUUUUUAUUUUACAGAAUUUACCAAGCUGUCUCUACUUAUUAUAUAAUGUUUAAUAUGGUGUGCAAUAUGUUUAAAAUGCAGACAACAGUAUGCAUCAAGAAAAUUUUAAGGAAGUUUUCGUAAUAUUUUUUGAUUUGGUUUAAUAGAUAGUUGUAUGAAUGCAUUCCAGGGAUUUUACAAACUGAAUAUAAUUAAUAAAGUGCUGAGCUUCUGUGUGCCAUUGUACACCUGUCAGUAGUCACAUGCCUGAAAUAAAAACAUUGUAUUUUCAAUAAGAGUAUGAGUUUCAAAAUCAUAUUUUGGUUAAAAGGGGCAUUCCUCCAGAUUUACAGUUUAAUAUCCAAAUUUUCAAACUGAAUAUGAACAUGAUGAUUUAUAAUAAUCAUAUGAGCCGCACCAUGACAAAACCAACAUAGUGCGUUUGCAACUAGCAUGGAUCCAGACCUGUUCGCUUUCAAAGCCUGUUGCAAUUAGAGAAACUGUUAGCGAACAGCAUGGAUACUGAUCAGACUGCGCGGAUGCGCAGGCUGGUCUGGAUCCAUGCUGGUCGCAAAUGCACUGUGUUGGUUUUCUCAUGUUGCAGCUCAUAUAAGUUUUUUGCCUCAUGAAUAACAGUAGUUAGAGUUGCCCUUGUCCGACUUUCCGUUCAUGCAUCCAAAAUUUGUGCAUGCAGUGACAGUAAUAGGGGUACAGUGUUCUGUGGACACACUUCUAGUUUACAGCUUUUUGAUUAUUGAAUAAAUACUGAAACAUUCUUCAAUUUUAUUUAUAUUCACAGGAAAUUAUUUACUUGAAAAAAAAUCUGGAGGCAUGUCCCUUUACUGACCAGUCUUAAUUUAUUGUUGAUAUAUAUUUGGAGUUUAGUAAGAAUGUAUUGUAAUUUAUGUAUAUACAGUAGGUAAAUUACACGUAUCUUUGUUUACUUUGACAUUUUCUUGUAACAAGAAGUCCGAUGGGAUUUUAAAAACAAUGUUAAGUGUUAAACUUACUUUGAUUAACAAAGUUUCUUUUUUUCUGAUUUGUUAAAGUUUUUCUUUUGUUAUUAAAGUUAUUAAAAUACUGUUUCCAGGUUUAUUAUUGUAAAUUACAUUUUAAUGUAUUUAAUUUUGUUUCUAUAAUACUUAAAAUGGUGUAGGUUUUAUUAUUUGUAAAUAUCUUCUUUAAACAUUUAGAAAGUUUUUCUGCAUAUAGUUGAAAGUUUCUUUUAUAACUUCUGUCAGCAAUCAAAAUACCUAACUAAUAUUUUUGCCAAAAAGAGCAUGUUGUAAUUGUUUUUAUAAUAUAUUUACUAUAAUAAUUUAGCUCUCAGUUUAUUCUUAUUUGAAUCAGGAGGAUUCUUUUAUUUACAUUGAUCUACAGUUAACCGCUACCAUGCUGGACACGAUUGGUUCUGCCUUUGUGCCCAGUGUAGAUCAUCAUCAUGAUCUGCACUGUUCGCUAUUAAGUCGGUAUAUUUUUGGUAAGCAGUCCAGUGUUCCCACUGGCAUUUAAAGUUGGGGGUGAAAACUGAGUUUUUCUUGCACUUUUGCACCCCCUCACUUAGAGAUAUAUAACAGAUGUCUCCAAAACUGGGGGUGCAAAGUACCAUUCUGGGGGUGAAAACACCCCAUUUGGGAGUUUCUGGGAACACUGAGCACCCCUUUCAAUAGUUAAUGGUACUGUCCAAAAUGGAAGAUGGACAGGUACAUUAUAGAAGUUUAGCAGGGUAAUGGUUAAGAUAUCUGAAAAAAGGAUAUUUUUAUUGUAGCAAGUGACCAAAUUGUUUUUAGCUCACCUGUCACAAAGUGACAAGGUGAGCUUUUGUGAUCGUACGGUGUCCGUCGUCCGUCCGUGCGUCCGUCCGUAAACUUUUGCUUGUGACCACUCUAGAGGUCACAUUUUUCAUGGGAUCUUUAUGAAAGUUGGUCAGAAUGUUCAUCUUGAUGAUAUCUAGGUCAAGUUCGAAACUGGGUCACGUGCCAUCAAAAACCAGGUCAGUAGGUCUAAAAAUAGAAAAACCUUGUGACCUCUCUAGAGGCCAUAUAUUUCACAAGAUCUUCAUGAAAAUUGGUCAGAAUGUUUACCUUGAUGAUAUCUAGGUCAAGUUCGAAACUGGGUCAUGUGCCAUCAAAAACUAGGUCAGUAGGUCAAAUAAUAGAAAAACCUUGUGACCUCUCUAAAGGCCAUAUUUUUCAUGGGAUCUGUAUGAAAGUUGGUCUGAAUGUUCAUCUUGAUGAUAUCUAGGUCAAGUUCGAAACAGGGUCACGUGUGGUCAAAAACUAGGUCAGUAGGGCUAAAAAUAGAAAAACCUUGUGACCUCUCUAGAGGCCAUAUAUUUCACGAGAUCUUCAUGAAAAUUGGUCAGAAUGUUCAUCUUGAUGAUAUCUAGGUCAAGUUCGAAAGUGGGUCACGUGCCAUCAAAAACUAGGUCAGUAGGUCAAAUAAUAGAAAAACCUUGUGACCUCUCUAGAGGCCAUAUUUUUCAUGGGAUCUGUAUGAAAGUUGGUCAGAAUGUUCAUCUUGAUGAUAUCUAGGUCAAGUUCGAAAGUGGGUCACGUGCCAUCAAAAACUAGGUCAGUAGGUCAAAUAAUAGAAAAACCUUGUGACCUCUCUAAAGGCCAUAUUUUUCAUGGGAUCUGUAUGAAAAUUGGUCUGAAUGUUCAUCUUGAUGAUAUCUAGGUCAACUUCGAAACAGGGUCAUUUGCGGUCAAAAACUAGGUCAGUAGGUCUAAAAGUAGAGAAACCUUGUGACCUCUCUAGAAGCCAUACUUGUGAAUGGAUCUCCAUAAAAAUUGGUCAGAAUGUUCACCUUGAUGAUAUCUAGGUCAAGUUUGAAACUGGGUCAUGUGCCUUAAAAAACUAGGUCAGUAGGUCAAAUAAUAAAAAAACCUUGUGACCUCUCUAGAGGCCAUACUUUUCAUGGGAUCUGUAUGAAAGUUGGUCUGAAUGUUCAUCUUGAUGAUAUCUAGGUCAAGUUUGAAACUGGGUCAAUUGCUAUCAAAAACUAGGUCAGUAGGUCUAAAAUUAUUUAAAUCUUUUGACCUCUCUAGAGGCCAUAUUUUUCAAUGGAUCUUCAUGAAAAUUGAUCUGAAUAUUCACCUUGAUGAUAUCUAGGUCAGUUUCGAAACUGGGUCACGUGCGGUCAAAAACUAGGCCAGUAGGUAUAAAAAUAGAAAAACCUUGUGACCUCUCUAGAGGCCAUAUUUUUCAUGAGAUCUUCAUGAAAAUUAGUGAGAAUGUUCACCUUGAUGAUAUCUAUGUAAAGUUCAAAACAGGGUCACGUACCUUCGAAAACUAGGUCAAUAGGUCAAAUAAUAGAAAAACCUUGUGACCUCUCUAGAGACCAUAUUUUUCAAUGGAUCUUCAUGAAAAUUGGUCAGAAUUUUUAUCUUGAUAAUAUCUAGGUCAAGUUCAAAACUGGGUCACAUGAGCUCAAAAACUAGGUCACUAUGUCAAAUAAUAGAAAAAAAGAAGUCAUACUCAAAACUGGGUCAUGUGGGAAGAGGUGAGCGAUUCAGGACCAUCAUGGUCCUCUUGUUUGUUUUUGUUGGGUGUAACACCACCUCAGAUCCCACUCUGCACAGUAUUUCAUCACUGGCGGGCACUUUGGGUAGUACCACUAACCUUAACAUAAGCCCGGCUACAUGGCUUCCUCAAAUAAAAAAUACAAUGCCCCUCUCGAGGCUUUAACCAACAAUGUUGAGGGGCAGGUGAUUCAAAGUCAGUGGCCUUAACCACUCAGCCAUGGAGGCCUCUGCAACUGACUUAGGGUAAAGAUGUGAAGUAAAAGGUGUCGAGGCAGUAUUUGAGGAGGGGAUGGGGGCAAAGUUUGGCCCCAAAUUGCUGUACAUUUGUACAAUUCCAAUUUUAAUUAGUAUGUGUUUUCCCAAUUUCAAAACUAAAAUUCCCAAAGGUUUUGUUUUAUUUUGAUAUUUUUCAAGCCACAAAUGAAUCUGUGAAACAAACAUUUGAAGUAAAAAGCAGUAUUCUAAUUUAACAUGUCACUGAACAAUUUAUUCCAAAACAAAAUAUUAAUAAAAAAUAACUCUUUUUUGACAGUUCCCAAUUAGGGCGUUUUACGACACAUUUUUUAGCUCACCUGUCACAAAGUGACAAGGUGAGCUUUUGUGAUCGCGCAGCGUCCGUCGUCCGUCCGUCCGUCAGUCCGUAAACUUUUGCUUGUGACCACUCUAGAGGUCACAUUUUUCAUGGGAUCUUUAUGAAAAUUGGUCAGAAUGUUCACCUUGAUGAUAUCUAGGUCAAGUUCGAAUCUGGGUCACGUGCGGUCAAAAACUAGGUCAGUAGGUCUAAAAAUAGAAAAACCUUGUGACCUCUCUAGAGGCCAUAUAUUUCAUAAGAUCUUCAUGAAAAUUGGUCAGAAUGUUCACCUUGAUGAUAUCUAGGUCAAGUUCGAAACUGGGUCACGUGCGGUCAAAAACUAGGUCAGUAGGUCAAAUAAUAGAAAAACCUUGUGACCUCUCUAGAGGCCAUAUUUUUCAUGGGAUCUGUAUGAAAGUUGGUCUGAAUGUUCAUCUUGAUGAUAUCUAGGCCAAGUUCGAAACUGGGUCACAUGCGGUCAAAAACUAGGUCAGUAGGUCUAAAAAUAGAAAAACCUUGUGACCUCUCUAGAGGCCAUACUUAUGAAUGGAUCUUCAUAAAAGUUGGUCAGAAUGUUCAUCUUGAUGAUAUCUAGAUCAAGUUCGAAACUGGGUCACGUGCAGUCUAAAAGUAGGUCAGUAGGUCAAAUAAUGAAAAAACCUUGUGACCUCUCUAUAGGCCAUAUUUUUCAUUUGAUCUGUAUGAAAGUUGGUCUGAAUGUUUAUCUUGAUGAUAUAUAGGUCAAGUUUGAAACUGGGUCACGUGCGGUCAAAAACUAGGUCAGUAGGUCUAAAAAUAGAAAAACCUUGUGACCUCUCUAGAGGCCAUAUAUUUCACAAGAUGUUCAUGAAAAUUGGUCAGAAUGUUCACCUUGAUGAUAUCUAGGUCAAGUUUGAAACUGGGUCAUGUGCUUUCAAAAACUAGGUCAGUAGGUCAGAUAAUAGAAAAACCUUGUGACCUCUCUAAAGGCCAUAUUUUUCAUGGGAUCUGUAUGAAAGUUGGUCUGAAUGUUCAUCUUGAUUAUAUCUAGGGCAAGUUCGAAAGUGGGUCACAUGCGGUCAAAAACUAGGUCAGUAGGUCUAAAAAUAGAAAAACCUUGUGACCUCUAUAGAGGCCAUACUUAUGAAUGGAUCUUCAUAAAAGUUGGUCAGAAUGUUCAUCUUGAUGAUAUCUAGAUCAAGUUCGAAACUGGGUCACGUGCCAUCUAAAAGUAGGUCAGUAGGUCAAAUAAUGAAAAAACCUUGUGACCUCUCUAGAGGCCAUAUUUUUCAUUUGAUCUGUAUGAAAGUUGGUCUGAAUGUUUAUCUUGAUGAUAUAUAGGUCAAGUUUGAAACUGGGUCAACUGCGAUCAAAAACUAGGUCAGUAGGUCUUAAAAUAGAAAAACCUUGUGACCUCUCUAGAGGCCAUGCCCUUGAAUGGAUCUUCAUGAAAAUUGGUCAGAAUGUUCACCUUGAUGAUAUCUAGUUAAAUUUUGAAACUGGGUCACGUGCCAUCUAAAACUAGGUCAGUAGGUCAAAUAAUAAAAAAACCUUGUGACCUCUCUGGAGGCCAUACUUUUCAUGGGAUCUGUAUGAAAGUUUGUCUGAAUGUUCAUCUUGAUGAUUUCUAGGUCAGGUUCGAAACUGGGUCAACUGCGGUCAAAAGCUAGGUCAGUAGGUCUAAAAUUAGAAAAAUCUUUUGACCUCUCUAGAGGCCAUAUUUUUCAAUGGAUCUUCAUGAAAAUUGGUUUGAAUGUUCAUCUUGAUGAUAUCUAGGUCAGUUUCGAAACUGGGUCACGUGCGGUCAAAAACUAGGCCAGUAGGAAUAAAAACAGAAAAACCUUGUGACCUCUCUAGAGGCCAUAUUUUUCAUGAGAUCUUUAUGAAAAUUAGUGAGAAUGUUCACCUUGAUGAUAUCUAGGUCAAGUUCAAAACAGGGUCAUGUAUCUUCGAAAACUAGGUCAAUAGGUCAAAUAAUAGAAAAACUUUGUGACCUCUCUAGAGGUCAUAUUUUUCAAUGGAUCUUCAUGAAAAUUGGUCAGAAUUAUCUAGGUCAAGUUCAAAACUGGGUCACAUGAGCUCAAAAACUAGAUCAGUAUGUCAAAUAAUAGAAAAAACGACGUCAUACUCAAAACUGGGUCAUGUGGGAACAGGUGAGCGAUUCAGGACCAUCAUGGUCCUCUUGUAUUAUUAUGUGAACGCGUGGCGGGUGAGCAGGUGGGCGGCAGUCGGUGUCCAAAAGCAUUUCCGCUCUCUUAAGUCCAACAGUUUUUUUUCCGAUCUUCACCAAACUUGCUGACAAUGUUUGUGGGCGUUAUAUCUUGGCCAAGUUCGAUAACCAUCCAAAUCGCCCCAGGCACUCUUGGAUUAUGGCCCUUGAAUUACUCGAAAUCUGCGAAAUUAGCCUUGUCCAUUCAGUCUUGAUCCGAUUGUCAAUUUCAUCCCACAUGGAACCUCACAAAUACCUUGAUUCCUUCUUACUUUUUUGGGGGGUUAACUAGGUAUACAACAUCAACAUUAUUACCUUUAUGAAAUGUUACUGAAUAUUUAGACAGGCGUAUUUUGUGACAGUCUGGCACUCUUGUUCUCAAUUGUAAAGGCCCCAGCCACAUACCCAAAUCAGUGGAAAAAAAGCACUGCAAUAUUAGACAUGAAGCAAUUGAAAAAUAUCAGUCUUUAAACUUAUUUCAGUAGAUUCAUCUGUUAAAUCUAUAUCUGGAAAAAAAAUAGGAAAUUAUUGAAAAAUGUAAUAAAAUUGACAUCUGUUUGCCUAAAUUUACCUAUAUAACUUGUAUAAGUUUUUUUUUUUCAAAAUUAGCUGAAUUUGAAAGCUACUUAUAUACAUAGUUAAGGAAAUACUGUGUUUAAGUAGUGCCCCUGACUAUUACCGGUAUAUAAACAUUCUUUUCAACUUAUGUAAAAAAAAAAAAAAUUGUUCCUAUCAAAUUGUGUUGGUGCGCCGUAAAACCCAGAUAAAUAAAUAAAUAAAUUUAAUAAUACCUUCCAUGAAUAUUUGACAGUGUAUCAAGUGCUCAGAGAAUAUUCCUCUAAAUAAUCAGUCCUAGAAUUUUGGUUUGGAAUAAUUCCAUAACAUAACCUGAAUCAAAGUGACCACCUUUAAGUGACCAAGAAGUAUUAGGAUAUUCAGUGUAUUCAAGGUAGUACUUGGAUAUUACAUAAAUAUGUAUGCAUGCCAUUUUGUGUUACCACAUUUUUUUUAUGUAAUAUAUAAAAAGCAAUAUUUUGAAUCCUUAAAAACUAUAUACAUUUUGAAAGCACAUUUAUUACAUACUCAUUUUAAAACUCCGUUAAGUUUCAAUGGAACCUGAAACGUCAAUAUUUUUCCAUAUUGACGUUCAAAUUUCCUAUCUCGGGUGUGUGACGUCAUUUGUGAUGCCAGUUUCAUGUAUUGCGUCGUGUUUAAAAAUUCUUUAACGGCAAUAUUUUUAACUUCACUAAGGCUUAAUAACAAAUUUGAAUCAUUUAUAUGAUUUUAAGUGUAGAUGCCUAUGUAAUAAAAAAUUAUUAGAUUUGCAUCGAGAAAUAUGCACUUGUUCUUUCGCAGAAUAAUAUUGCUCUCCUAAAGUCACACAGUAUUUCCGCUGCAGAACUCAGGCAUAUUUCUUGGUACAGAUCUAAUAUUUUGGCCCCCCCCCCCCCCCAAAAAGGGAGGCAUAUUAGUUUCCAACUGUCCGUCCAUUCGUUCGUUAGUUAGUUAGUUAGUCACAAUAUUAACUUUUUGCAUGAAGGCACUUUACUCGCGAACCACUGCACCCAGGACCUUCAAACUUCACAAGCUGAUAGUACUUAUUGAGUAUACCACCCCUACUGACUGGGGUCACCAGGUCAAAGGUCAAGGUCACAGGGGCCAACGUUAACUUUUUGCAUGAAGGCACUUACUCGCGAACCAUUGCACCCAGGACCUUCAAACUUCACAUACUGAUAGUACUUAUUGAGUACACCACCCCUACUGACUUUGGGGUCACCAACUGAAAGGUCAAGGUCACAGGGGCCAACGUUAACUUUUUGCAUGAAGGCAAAUUAGUCGCGGACCACUGCACCCAGGACCUUCAGACUUCAUGUGGUGAUAGUACUUAUUGAGUACACCACCCCUACUGACUUUGGGGUCACCAGGUCAAAGGUCAAGGUCACAGGGGCCAACGUUAACUUUUUGCAUGAAGGCACUUUACUCGCGAACCACUGCACCCAGGACCUUCAAACUUCAUAUGCUGAUAGUACUUAUUGAGUACACCACUCCUACUGACUUUGGGGUCAAAGGUCAAGGUCACAGGGGCCAACAUUAACUUUUUGCAUGAAGGCACUUUACUCGUGAAUCACUUCACCUAGGACCUUCAAACUUUACAUGCUGAUAGUACUUUAUGAGUACACAAACCCUACUGACUUUGGGGUCACCAGGUCAAAGGUCAAGGUCACGGGGGCCAACGUUAACUUUUUGCAUGAAGGCACUUUACAUGCAAACCACUUCACCCAGGACCUUCAAACUUCACAUGCUGAUAGUACUAAUUGAGUACACCACCUACUGACUUUGGGGUCACCAGGUAAAAGGUCAAGGUGCUGCGGGGGCAUUUGUCACCAUUAGUGACAGCUCUUGUUUUUAUUACAUAAUUAUGCAUCUACAUGAUGGCGUGUGCAUCCGUCGGUCCGUCCAUCAUAAUUCGUGUCCGGAGCAUAGCUUUAAAUUCAUUUUAGUUAUUGACUUCAAAGAUAUAGGUAGAUGGGGAUGAGAUGAUGUACAGAGUGCUUAAAUCAAAGUCACCAAUUGAGCUAAAAGGUCAAAAUUGGCCAUCAUAUUUCUUGUCCGGGGCAUAUGUUGAUGUGUAGAGCUUUUGAACCAGCUCUUUAGGUCAAAGGUCAAGGUCACAAAUUGAGCUCAAAGGUCAAAUGUUUCUGUCAUAUUUAGUGUCCAGAGCAUAACUGGAUAACCAUUCAAGGUAUUAACUACAAAUUUUGGAUGUAGUUAGGUUGUGAUGAGACCAUGUGCAGAGUGCAUGAACCAGGGUCGUAGGUCAAAGGUCAAGUUAACACAGCAAGGUCAAAUCUGCCCAUCAUAUUUCUUGUCCAGAGCGCAACUUAAAAAGUCAUUAAACUUAUUGAUAGAAUUCAGAAAAAGGGCUUUAUUAUUGAACAAUCAGAUAAAAUUCAAUAAAAGAGAGAACUUGUUGGCUAUAGGGGAGGAGGCCGAAAAUUACGUUUACUUAGUAUAUAUCAGCGAAAAUCAGAAUUUAUCAGGAAUAGUCAGGGAAUUUUUUUUCCUCUUCUUGUCUAACCCUGAAAAAAAUAACAGGUAACACUGUUUUGUCAUGGAAAAUAAUGAAACCAUUUUCCAUUUGAUCUUUAUAAAAAAAAAUAUCAGUAUAUGUUUAUGUCUGAAAUAUGUGUCAAAUUAAAACUAAGUUAUCUGAGCUCUUUAAGUGGUAAAAAUGUUUCUCUUCAUAGUUCUUUUGUCGAAUGAAUUUUAAUACAGGAUAUUACACAAGUAUGACUUUCAUAUUGAAUUUAUUAAACAAGUUGAAUGAGGUAAUGAAAUUAGAGGCUCUGGCGAGUAUUUAUGUCUCCCAUCACACAGUGGUGUGGGAGACAUAUUGAUUUACUCCAGUCUGUCUGUGUGUCUGUUACAAAGAUUGUCCUCACUCAAGUCAAACAUUUCUCAUCCGAUUUUCACCAAACUUAAACUAAAUGUGUUUGACAAUGAGACCUCGGCCAAGUUCGACCCUUGAAUUACCGAAAAAUCAGCCUUUUUACUCUUGUCCGCUCUCUAAGUUGAACAUUUCUCAUCUGAUCUUCACCAAACUUGAACAAAAUGUGUUUGACCAUAAGACCUCCGCCAAGUUCGAUAACUAGCCAAAUCCGCCCAGGCACUUUUGAAUUAUGGUCCUUGAAUUACUGAUUGGAUCGACUCAUCCAGACCAUCUAAUUGGAUCCACUCGUCAAAACCAUCUAGAGAAACUAAACAUUUUUCAUAGGGGCAGUUGUGGGAGACAUGCGCUUUUCUCAAAAGCAUCUCUAGUUUAUCAAUAUUAUUCAACGAGUUUAAUAAAUUCAUUGUGGAAAGACACAAGUGUAAUAUUCUUUUUAUCACAAUGACAUGUAACUUUUCCUGCAUAAAGAUCAAAAUUCCUUCUUUCUUUACCUUUUAUAGACCAAGUUACAUUGACAGAAGUCUCCUAUACUUAAAACGGGGUCAACAUCAAAGCUUUAUUACACUAGUAUACUACCAAAUUUAUGAAAUGGCCUUAUAUCACUCCCGCAAAGUCAAACAUGUGAUAAAAAAUAUUAGAUCUAUUUUGUGCUUUUUGAAGAAUGAUGGUGCAUAUUAUUGUUUGAAAUGUAAAGAAUAAAUUCAUUAAGAUAAA